GAUGUCUGGAAGAAAAUAUUUCUGCUGAGUUUUCACCCACAAGAUGCUCAACCCCCAGUACAUGCACUGAUACUCUUUCACACUCCUCAACUGACCGUGAAGAGACAGAGAGAGCAGUGCAAAAUCAAACGGCAAUGGUCAGCAACAGUUUUAACAUAGAUGCUGAAAAAGCAAAACGGAUUGUCCACGAUGCACUGGAAAAAAAAUCUGGUGGUGAGGAAGUGCUUGAAGAAUACCAGACAUCUAAAACUUUAAAGCACAGCACCAGACGUCAGAUUGUUAAUAUUGUUGUCAGUCACGUGACCGAUAUUCAUGGGAGGAUCCCCACCCGCAAACAGCGGGAAACUUAUGCCUUGGGCAUUAUUUCUCUUUUUCCUAGCCUGAGAGACCCGUUUUCAACAAAUGGCUAUGAGCAUUUCUACGAUCCGGAAAAGGGAACAGGGUUCAUCUCCUCCUCUUUCUUCAGAGGUGGGAGACGGCAUUCAAGCAAAAGAUCAUCAACGAAGCCAAGUCUCUUACUUCAACAGCAGAAAUUCGGUGUCUUCUCAAUGCAGCAGGUGGACAAGGAUCUGAAAAUGAUUGGGACAGUGACAUGUCAUCUGUCCUGCUGCUGUUGCAUCUCCUGCCUCCUCCUCCAGGAAGGAAGAAGACUAAGAUCAGUCCAACAGAGGCUGUUGACAGACUUGUGCAGUUUCAUAAGUCCUGCACCAGUAUUGAAGGCCAUCUCAGUGGGAGGGAUGGCCACCAGCCAUUUCUACUGGGAUCAGGAAGGAUCAAGGGCAGGAUCAACCACUUUUACAUCGUUGUGGACAAGCGCCUUAUCCCUUGCUCUGGAACCAGUUCCUUGAGUGCCUUUGAACUUUUCAAAGUUCACUAUGUCUUCAACUUGUCCUACGAGGAAGCCCUGGUCAACUUCUUUACCUUCCUGCAGACCACAGUUUACAACAUAGAUGUUGGUCUUUCAAGUGAGUCUCCCAGAGUAAGGG